GGUUAUCAAUUGAGUAUCACGAGUAAUCAGUCAACUACUUUGGUUUGUUUUGGUUUUACUGCGGUUCGAGAUUGGUGUAAUUGGUAAGUAAUUGGGUUGGUUUUGGUUUUACGAUACUCGAUUGAAAAGCAAUUUAUUGCCUGAUAAGUUUUCCUUGACACCUUGCAUUUUAGAGGUGGCAAGAAAACUCGGAUUUUUAGGGAAAAAGGGCUUUGAUAUUUUUGGAAAAAUCAAAUUGUUUGCUCCUCGCAUGAAGUGGGAAACUCUGAAGACAAUAGCAGCGAGAAUCAAGGACACAGCCAAGGAAUACGAAACUGCCUUCAAUGGUAUCAAAUCUUCAGUCGAAAACAAGGACAAUUUUAAGCAGCUCGCCGGAAAGAUGGCCAAAGUUGCCAGGAAGCAAGUUAAUGCUGAAAAGAAGCGAUUAAUUGAAGCCAGGAACAUUGCUAAUAGCGAAAAAAGACUUUAUGUUAAGUCAAUUCAACAGUUAGAGAGUCAGAUGACGGGCAUAAUAAAGGAGGUUGAGGCAAAGCUCCCUGAGACCUUGGAAGCAGCAAAGUCUCACCAUGGCGACUUUUUGGCAAUUCUUCAAGGUGUGACGGGAUUUGUGAGCGCUGCAGCUUCAAAAGACCCGUUUGCGUUUAUAGAUAGCGCACUCGGCCUGGCGGAAAGUCAGCACGGAAAAGCAUGUCUUAAAACCCUUACUAGCUAUCAAAAAAGUCUGCGGACAUGGUUGACAUUUGGAAAAAAUUACAAGCCUCUAAAGGACUCAAGUGAGUUGGACUUCGAUCAAGUUGAUGUGGAUUCUGUCCCAGGGGUUAUGCAGGCCAAUCUUGAGCUGAACAAGGAAACUUUAGCCGAGGAGUUGGUUUGUUUGUUGGACGUGGCUGCACUACCUCAGGACGUGGCAGGCUUCAAACGGCUCAUUGAGUCCUUCUUCAUCGCAGGCGCAGCACGUAUCGACCUGAUAGGGGAGGUUAUGGACCUUGACAAUGAGAUUGGAGGUUAUAAUUUUGAUAUCCCCCUCCUAGAAGAAACUGAAAAGACAAUACGUGAUAUAGGGAAACCAGGAGCUGCUCCUAUUACAAAGAAUCUUCAACUCGGGUUCAUGGACAAUUUGCUGAGUACAUACAGGGAAUUAGAAUACUCCUUCAUGGUAAACGUCUAUGAGCUUUUCAAGGCAUUCAGGUUCCGAACAUUGUGGGAAGGAAACGAUCCUCUGACAAAUUUCCAACGCAUAGCAACUGAGAGUGCCCGUGGCACCGGACAACUGAAUGGGAUUAUACAGCUUACAGAUGUGCUACGAAGCAUGGAACAAACUGAAACGAAAGCGGUUCAGUGCUUCACGAACAAUGUUUACACAACCAAUAUCAAGAAAUGGAGUUUUGACAAAGCCACGAACGGGGAUGUAUUUGACGGUAUUGCCAAAGGUUACACGAGAUUCAGUAUCAAGAUAGAUCAGAGUUGCUCUUCUUGCUACAACAUCCGACUAUUAAAGCUGUAUGUUGAGUUGACCGGCACCAGCCAACAACCUUCCAAUGUUCCCGCUGACGUCCACCUAAAGAUUCGUCAUCUAAGCUCUUCGUACUUCAGGGCGGGAGAUAGUAAAAUAAAGCAAUACAGUCAGCCUAUAGGUUCAUACAGGAAAAUCAAGUUUAACCGGUUUUCUAUCAGCGACGAACAAAGGUGCAAGUUGAAGACUCAACAGAGAAAGGAAUCCUUGUUUUGCGUCAAGAAGGACGAUCAACGCUGGCAACCAAUGUGCAGUAAUCCGCUGAGCAAGUGCGUCCGCGAUCGCCUCCUGGGUGACGAGGAAUGUAAAAGUCCAUUUGGUACUUACGAGCUGCAGAUACCCGUGGACAAUCAACUGUCAUGUACAAGUGCUGGUAUAACAGACAAGAACUGUAAAGACCUGGAUCUCACCAAGUUCACUAAAAUGAAUGUUUGGGCGUACUUUUUCUAUUGGUCAGGAAGUUAUCCCACAGGACCUGAUGAUGCCUCCUGCAGAAGCCCCAGCCAGAAAAGAGCUUACGAUCCCACAGAGCAUUGCAAUUAGAAAAGAAAAGAAAUAUAGAUAAAUUCAAAGUGAAAUGAGGAUUUACAGGAAUAAAAUGAAGAAAUAUUGGCUACAGACGUCUUGUUUUUUACACUCUAUUAUCAUGUUCUUGACCUCUUGCGAGGCUGGUGCGUUCUAAGAUGGCGGAUCCAAGAUGGCGUAAGUUGAGGGUUAUUUCUAUUUGAAAAUGAGAGUUACUUAACGCAGAAUAGUUUGAUAUGUCCAGAAAGAAAAAUCUCCCUCACCUCACGGCGAGUUAUGAAUCUACUCUUGGAUCUGAGGGUUAACAUUAUAGGACAUGUCAUCACGUCGAAAAAUCAUACAUACAAAUUUACAAAGUACUUUCCAGUUCCGCUUUUUCGUCACUGACAGUGUCAUAACAUGGUGCGUAACUAUAGUUUCCGUCAGCCAUAUCCAAAUAAGGACAAUGGUGUAACAUCAUACGUUCCAGUUGUUC